CACUAUCAUAACUUACAAAUGCUCCGUACACGAAUUGCUAUCCCUCGGGGCAUCGGCCGGGUGAGGCCCCUGGCUCCUCGCCCUGUCGCAAAUUUGCGAGUUCGAUGUCAAGCAACAACAGGUGGCGAUCAGCAGCCUUCUGUCGCGCCAGCCGUUGAGGUGACCGCGCCGCCCGUUGUUGCGCCGGUCGCUCCCAUUCCAGAGACGACUGCGACAUAUGUGAUGCCGCCGAACCCCAUGUAUUACCAGGGUAUGCCUGCGCCGCGUCAGGACUACUACAUGGCCGCUCCACCAGCUGCAUACUAUCCCCCACCACCAGCACCUUACAAAGAGGAACCGGCUUCCUCUGGAGCUCCGUGGUGGAUUUGGUUGGGCUUGGGUGUGAUUCUGGGACAGGUGCUCGCGAAGGUCCAGGAAUACAUGAAGAAUCCGAAGACGCCGCAGCAAAUUAUGAUGGAAAUGGCUAUGAAGCAAAUGUCUGGCGCGAUGGGCAGCACAACUGGGGCAGGCAUGCCGCCCUUUGGAGGUGCUGCAAGUCCAUUUGGCGGCCCUGCUGGUGGCGCCGCCAACCCAUUUGCUAACUUCGCUGCGGCGGCAUCCGCAGCGCCAGCGGCCACGGUGGACACAACCGCAUCCGCGGUGCAGGCCGGCGCCUUUACUCCCUCUCCCCCAUCUAGCAGUAGCAGCACCAAUGGAGAAGUUCGAAAGGGCGAGAAGUUUGCAUCCCGGUUGUCCAGCGAGGGACGGGAGCCGCGCAAGGUGGAGCUGCCUCAGGCAAGCAAGCCGCUGGACGUGGUGGAGCCGGUGGUGAAGGAGCCGUCUACCAGCAGCAGCAGCAGCACCAACUCCUCUAGCGCAGGUGCCUCCAAGCCUCGAUCGUCGUUCUUUGCAGAUGUGGACAUGGACGCCACCGUCACAUCCACAUCCGCGAGCAGCAGCGCAGCCGCGGACGGCAACUCAGCCGUCAUGUCGGAGAUGAUGGAGAGCAUGCUUCGGAACCCGGAGAUGCAAAAGAUGCUUUACCCCUACCUGCCGGAGCCCAUGCGCAACCCGCAGUCCAUUGAGUGGAUGCUCAGCAACCCGGAGGUCAAAAAACAGAUGGAGCAGAUGUUUGCCCAGCAGCCGUGGCUGUUUCCUCUCGACGCGAUUGGGAACGUGAUGUCUCCCCAGAUGAUGGAUAUGAUGAAGAACAUGGACUUCAACCAGGAGAAAGUCAACCGGCAGUUUGCGGAGCUGGGGCUCAAGCCGGAGGACGUCAUCUCCAAGGUGAUGUCCAACCCUGAGCUGGCCGCCGGCUUCUCUAACCCCAAGGUCCAAGCCGCCAUCAUCGACAUUUCCUCCAACCCCAUGAACAUCGUCAAGUACCAGACCGACCCGGAGAUCAUGAAGGUCUUGGAGAAGGUGACGGAGAUUUUCCAGCCGCAGAUGAACCAGAAGUAAGGGACGCGGUGUGCAGGGAUCUGCAGAGCCAGGCAGAGCAGGGAGGGCUGGCAUGCGGAGCUAGUUUGUCCUACGCCACCGCCAAGCCUGUAAAGACAAUCACCCGGCGCUCGGCGGCGUCUGGGCGGCGUCUUGGCUAGCGUCUUGAGGAAGGGGAACCUUACGGGGCGCUAUAAUACAGGCGGCCGGUCCCCAUUUGUGGAUAUAGGGCUUCAUUAGCAAGGGGCCAGGAGGGUAGCGAGAUGUUGCAGCGUGGGCUUGAAAGUUUUUAUGCUGGCAUCAGCUGAUCACCCUGGUUACGGGGCUAGGGCCGGUGCAAAUAUUGAGCCACUUCUUUUUUGAAGGGGCUGGGCAGUACUGGGAAUUGUUUGAUCUAGGUGCUGUUUUACAUAGAAGAUGGGGAGGGCUUGGGAGCGCAUAAGGGCCCGCUGAGCUAACAAUAGUCCGCUGGGCACCGUAGGCACCAUGGUCGUGGAGAGUGUAGUUGUGCGCGCCGAGGGGGUGUUGUGUGGGAUGGGCACGGCAAGAGCUUGGGGAUUUUAUUUCGGGCUGGAUAGUCUUGUGUUGCCGGCGGGAUGAUGCCGGCCGCGGGGAUGUGGACUUGCCUGCGUCGGGCGGAGCGGACAUUGUUGGUUGGAUUUCGAACGGGUUCGCUGUACUACUUUCCGCGAGCAGAUGAUUGCGAGCAGGCGGGGCAUACACGCACAUGCAGGAACGCAUUUUGCGCUGUUCUGUAGAACGUUUUGAGCCCAAGGGUUUCGAGGUGUUGUAGGCGUCUAUCUCUCGGUCUUCCUCUACUGUGCACCACCCACCAUAUGGAAGCGCCCUUGGCCGUAUUUCUGACGAGUAAGUGUUCUACAAG